AUGUCGGGUGCAGUAGGCCGCGAGCCAGUCUUCCCGACUCGCCAGUCGCUGGGUUUGAUGAAGAGCAAGCUGAAGGGGGCGGAGACUGGCCACAGUUUGCUCAAACGGAAGAGUGAAGCUCUGACAAAGCGUUUCCGAGAAAUCACACGGCGCAUCGAUGAGGCCAAACAGAAGAUGGGAAGGGUGAUGCAAAUUGCUGCCUUCUCCCUCGCCGAGGUUAGCUAUGCUGUCGGUGGAGAUAUUGGAUAUCAGGUUCAGGAGUCGGCCAAGCAGGCUCGGUUCCGUGUCCGAGCCAAGCAAGAGAACGUCUCCGGCGUGUUCCUCCCUCAAUUCGAGAGCUACACUCAAGAAGGCGUCAAUGACUUUGCCUUGACUGGUCUCGGCAAGGGUGGACAGCAAAUUCAGCGAUGCCGAGAGACAUACGCGCGGGCCGUGGAGACAUUGGUGGAGCUGGCUAGUCUACAGACUGCAUUCUUGAUUCUGGACGAGGUAAUCAAGGUCGUCAACCGAAGAGUGAACGCGAUUGAGCACGUCAUCAUACCUCGUACUGAAAACACGAUUAAAUACAUCAAUUCGGAGCUUGAUGAGCUUGAUCGAGAGGAGUUCUAUCGCCUUAAGAAGGUCUCCGGCAAGAAGCAGCGGGACAACGCUGCGGCCGACGCCGAGAUUCUCGCAGCGCGGCAAAAGGCAGCCGCAGAGGAAGCAGGAAAGAGCCCUGCAGCUGAAGAGCCCGGGGCUGCCGAUGUUCUGGGCGAGCAGGAGGAUAACGAUGUCAUUUUCUAA